AUGGGCAAUUCCCAGGGACCUGGGUUGUUCGGCGGCCCCAAGUGCUGUUUGGGCUUGGGAGGGAGCACCGACAUGCAAAGCAUGGUCUGCGGCCGCUCGAACGAGUACGAUUUAUCAGUUCAGGCAGAAGCUGUUGGCUCACCAACGUGCUGCCUCGCUUGGAGGCUUGGCGUCGACACUGCGUUCGCCAUAAAAGUGGACCAGUUGCAGAAGUUGCACGAGCAAAUCGUGAGCCACCUUGCCUAUUUUGAAGCCCACAUGUUGGUGGACGACGCGACCAGCGGCCUCAUAAUGGGAAGCGGGGUAGAAGGCGCGAGCAUGAACGCGCCCGAUGCAAUGACCCGCAUGGGCCAAUUGCUGUGCAGAUGGGCGCUGUCACAGUCGCCGUCGAUAGGUCUCCUAGUGGGAGUUGACUACGGAAUACUGUACAGUGUCAACGGGCUGCUGUCCAUGCAAAAUAGCAGUGACAGCCGCGCCUUUUUCGGGCCGGUCUGCGCAGGUGCUCGGCAGCUGGCUGACGCCUCGAGGCAAGAAGGCAUGGUCCACCUGUCCCUCGAAGCCAAGCAGCAGCUCAGUGCGCUGAGAUUUAUUCCGCUGAUUUUGGGCAGUCAGAACAGGUUCUACCUGGAUGCCUUCACGGAGGUGACUGACCCCAACGAGCAGAAGGGUGAAGAGUCGCGGCCUCUUCUAAGCCUCGUCGACGAAACCCAAGCCAAGGACGUAGCAAACAGAUUGUCUUAUGAAGAAUUCAAAGACCUCUUGCAGCAGUAUCAGGUAGACUUGUCCAAAUUUGGCAAGGGCAACACCAAGCCAUUGCAAAAGUUUUUUGAGUCCGUGGUAAUCGAAGAAAAGUGCUUCUUGCAGCUCCGGGGCAACACCCUGCAACGUUUCGUCGAACUCGUGCGAGUUCACUUGCGCUUUCGCAACAACGAAGGCCGGCUGCAGGAGCUGAGGAUAAAGACUGAGAUGACCGACGCAGGUACAGAGCGGGAGAGAAAUCAACUGUUGGCCAUGGUCAUGAGGCUCAAGGACCAGGGAAGCUGGAAGCAGGCCCUGGAGCGGUGCUUCGAACAGAAGUUUUCGAUCUCGGCAGGUGCCCAAGGCAGUCUUUUUCACGUCGCGAAAGAUGAUGGUGCUGUCGAAGAGACUAUGGUGGAAGAGGAGGUCUUGGCGUGUCAGUUCGCCUCCUGGUUUCCCACGUUCAGGGACGUGACCUUCAAGAGCGAGAUCCUCCCACUCUCCGAGAAUUUCGUCAAGUACCUCCUGGCUGAUGGAAUCCAUGUUCCAGUCUCGAAGCCGCAAGAUUCGGAUGGGGCAAGCGAUGGUAGCUGGGGAUCUGGUGGCGAUUCUGCCGAUGAAGCACAGGAUCUGGAGGGAGUUUUUGAUUUUCCGGAGCUUGAGGAUUCGGUUCGUUCAGCAAUCUCGCGUCUGAAUGGACAAGUCCUGCCGAAGCUCAACUGGAGUGCACCGAAGGAUGCCCACUGGAUUCAUGGGAGCUUAAAGUGUACUACCCCAGCCGAAGUCUUCACGCUGCUCAAGGCCUCCGACUUCGUGUCUCAUGAUUUGUGCCAUGCCUUCGACCACUGCGGGCCAUCCGCACGGAGACGACCAGAUGACUUCACCCUGGUGUUGCGACGUUGGCAUUCACUCCACGAUUCCAGCGAGUUCAGAGCAUUUGUCAAGGACACCGACCUCCUUGCAAUUUCUCAGCGUCAAACGGGUUGCUUCUUCGAGCACCUGAUGAACAAAGAAGAAGUCGAAGCCAUCCAGGCUGCGAUCCAAGAGUUCUUUGAGCAAAAGAUGCAAGAACGCUUCAGAUUGAAGCGGUACGUCUUUGACGUGUAUGUCGACAUACCACCCAGGCGGCGUGUCUGGUUAGUGGACCUGUCCCCGUGGGGCCCGACAACAGAUGCGUGUCUGUUCGACUGGGAUGACCUAGCGGAGAUGUCAGCAGCGAGCUCGCCCGAGCUUCGCGUGGUGCAGAGCGAAGCGGAGCGCCGCGGGCGACUGGAGAAUUUCCACCAAAUUCCUUUGGAGCUGGCAGAGCUGAGCUCCAAGGAGGGCUUGUCAGAACUCAUAGAGAAGGCGGACAAGAUCCUGGCGCAGAAGGCGUACAAGUACGAAGAGUACAGCGCCGAGUCUGAGACGGUUCCAGACAUGACAACCACCUACAAGACGCACAGCGUUGUGGUGACCAUCAAGGACAAGACGCGAAAGGAGCUCGUGAGCAUGGGUCUGCCGGCGGGCCAGGACUUCAGCACCGAUGAUGGCAAGACGAGGUGGACCUGGGUGCCUGUAGAGAACAACAAGGAAGACGAGCUUAUGCAGCUCCUUUCCCAGCAUGGUAUUGAUCUCAGUGAGUUCACCUGGCAGAGCUUCGUGGAGCUUUAUUCGGAGGUCUACGAGAAGUCUUUAUCUACAAUCCAGGUCGUUGAUGGACAGCUGGUACGAAAGGUAAAGGUUGUGAAGGUUUGGCUUGAAGCGAACUUGCUCAGCCAGAAGCAUGUGCUGAUCAUUAAGACCAAGCAGCAGCAAGGACGGGUGCAGCACCUCCGCAACUUGCGAACCUUGUCGAUGCGGAUGCGAGCGAUGCAACAUUGGUCGGACGCCGUGUCUGAGGCGCUUUUUCUUCGCCUCGGUGUCCCAGAGCAGCAGCAGAAGGACAUGCUCAGCGUGACCAGGUCUGAGACAAGGGAAGAGGUGGAGUUCUCGGUCACCUUUCCUGGUUUGAAGACUGUGUACACCAUCAUGGAGGUUCGAUGUGAGGUGCUGAACCCACAGGACCAGCGGUGGCAGUAUAUUGGGCUGCCGUCGGCGGAGGAUUUUACAUUCUGUCGCCAGGAGCAGCUGGCUACUGGCGAGUACGACAUGAUUCUCACCAGGAUGGCUUUCGAGUUCAGUGUGUUUGGUGUUCUGGCUUGCCUGUGCUUAGCAGCCUCAGCGGCGCAAUGGUCAGUCGGAGUCGUGCUGGCCAGUCUGAUCGUCGUACUUCUGGGCAUUCGUGCGUAUGUGGGCGUCCCUCCUACAAUGAAAGGGAACAAGCUACCGAAGCGAUAUGCGGGGAAGCGCUUUGAGCUGAUCGCAAUGCCGGUGAACCACUUUGGUGAGAAGGUCCGCUUCUGUUUGGACCUGCUGGGUCUUGCUUAUGAUGAGACUACAAACUGCGGCAUUCUGAACAUUCUGCUCUUUGGCCAGUCGGUGCCGCAACUCAAUGACAGGAAAAGCUGCAGCCACAUCGGUAAUUCCGAUGAAAUCCUGCGAUACCUGCAUGGCUUGUACACCACGAGCAACAAGGCAGCGGAUGCAUUGCUCAAGCAGACUGAAAAGACGCUUGAAUGGGAGCUCGCCUUGAACGACCUUGGCCAUGCAAUCCAGGGUUGGGCAUACUACUACCUCCUUGGAAAGGACUUCUCGACUGAGACGGCCUUGCUUUGCUGGGGCGCAUAUGAUGAGAGAUGUCCGCUCGUGCAGAGAUGUCUGUUGAACGCCUGCGCCUUCCCGAUCAAAGCCUUCAUGCGCUCUGCUUUGAAACUGGACCGAGCAGAUCUGCGAGAUGAACGUAAAGCCACCAUAGAUGACGUCUUGAAGCGUGUUGAUGCUGCAGUCGGACCCGACGGGAAGGGUUACAUCGUUGGCGACCAGCUGACGUAUAUUGACAUCACCUUCGCUUCUCUGUUAGCCCCGCUUCUGGUGAGCAGGUUUCUGUUCAAGGAUCCGAGUGCCUGGGCGCGGGGCCGCUUUCGCUCCUUUGCAGAUGCUGGUAAACGUGGCUUUGCCAGAUCUGCACCGCCGGUGCUCCAGGUAUUCGAAGAGGAGACCGCGAACAGGCCCUGCGGGAAGUUUGUCGCUCGCAUUUACGACGAGUACAGGAACAAGAUCUUGUGA